AUGGGGGUCCUCCGAACGGUCGCGUUGACGAUCCUGGCCAUCUCCGCAUUUACAUUCAUCGCUCUCUUUGGCCGCCUCCCAAUAUUCCGGAAAACUCCGAUAAGUUUCUUACACAGACUUGUGUGGGUUUAUUUCCCCAAUGGAGUUGCUGCCAUUGACUCCCGCUUGCUGGGCGGGCGGCUUGUGCGAGCAUGGACUCGGAGUGGCAGCUACAUCUGGAAUGACAAUCACCCCUUAGUUUUGAUUUUCUUUGUGGGUUUACUUGCCGGAGGCGAGUUUGUUUUCCUACCAGUCGCAUGGCCUCGUAUGUCAGACGUUCAUACCGUAUGGGUGCCUCUGGCUGUCGUUCUGCCAUACUUCUUCAUCUACAAAUGCGUAGCGACAAAGUCAUUCAUCACACCUGAUAAUCAUGAUGCUGAGAUGAAGCGAUACCCGUUCGACAGGGUCUUAUUCCACCCGGGACACGUCUGUCCGACGUGCAAAUUACCCAAGCCGCCUCGAAGCAAGCAUUGUGGCAUAUGCAACGCUUGUGUAUCUCGUCAUGAUCACCACUGUGUAUGGCUGAUGAAUUGUAUCGGCGCACAAAACUAUGUCUAUUUCCUGGCGCUUCUGCUGUCUGUCUCCGUGCUCUUGAUCUAUGGCGUUGCCCUGGGCCAUACUCUUCUGAGCCAGACGCUCAUGGCUCGAGUUCCGGCGGACUACCGGGCAGAUAUGAAGAAAUGGACUACUUACUUUCAAGUCUGGUCUUUGGUGAUUACCGCAGAUUCCAAGAUUGGAACCGUCACCUUGCUAAUGCUCCUGACCGCGCCUCUUGCGGUGGCAUUUUUGGUUUAUCAUACAUACCUCAUAUGGGCAGGUACAACGACGAAUGAGAGCUCGAAAUGGUCCGAUCUCAAAGAAGAGGUUGAAGAUGGCUUUGUCUACAAAGCGAAACGAAGCCAAAUCAGCAAUGCGCCGCCGUACUUGGAUCUCAAUGAGCGCCCGUGGCCGACUCAGACUGAUCAGAUCCUAGUCGUCGAUGAAGAUCCACCCAUGGAGGGAUUCACGCUGGCGACGGACUCUAACCGGGUGUUCUAUGACUUUGGAGGCGAAGCCCCUGUGGAUGCACGUUGGACACAUCUUCGAUCUAUGAAUGAUGUCGACAAUAUUUACGAUCUUGGCUUCGGAAGGAAUCUCAGAGAUGCAUUGGGGAUGUCUGUUCCCGCCAAGAUGAGCGAAAAAAAGCCAUUAUGUACGCCAGCUGAACUGAUGCUCAAGGUAAUCUUGGUUGGAACACUCAGUCACUAUGAAACUCGGGGUAUGAUCGAUGACAAGCGGUUGGAGCAUAUGCUCGCCGCCGGAAAACAAAUUCUAUACAAGACGCACCAAGAGAGUGAAGUCCGUCACAAUCUAGGCAUGUCUCCAGAUAUCUGGCAAGGCCUCACAGAUGUCCUCACCAAAGCGAUUCCUGUCCUCGAAUCACAGUCCUUUGCAUGGAAGAGCCCCGCAGCAACAUACGAGCACUCCUCCUCUAACCUCAUCGCAUUCAACUACUUCUCUCUGGUCAAAGAUAUUGAACGGCUCAAUGACCUCUGUACCAUCGCUCGGAAUCUACUGGCUACCACAAAGAAAGCCCAGAACUUGGCCGCUGCGAAGGGCUUCGACCAGCGUGUACUCGCUUUAAUCGAUACAUGCGUGAGGGUAACCGCCCGGGGCUUUGACGGUGAAACGAAUGCUCGAAACGAAGAGCGAUGGCAAAAAGUGGUCAACCUUUAUAAGCGGCUACUUAUCACCUGUCUCCAGUACCUGCACAACUUUAUCAUGCACAACGAACAGCGCAAGAUGGUUUUGUGGCUGGAUCUCUUCGGAUACCAUUCAACGGCUGACACCAACAUUAUCAAGCCCAAAGAUGCCUUGGAUUCUUCUGCUAAGGCUGAAGGAGUAGCGCCCGUGGUCAAGAUUGGCGAACGAGUCAUCAACCCGCCUAUUCGGGCGUUGUACGACCAGACUGCCGAAGAUCUACUCCUUGAGACCAUUGCAAAGUUCCCAAGAGAGCCAUCUACUAUUAAAGAAGAAGCCGCCAUGCUUCUCUUGGCGAAUAUCAAGGAUCACAUGGAGAAGAUUUUGGGGCGGGAUCUCAGUGACAUCCAAGAAAUGGGAAGAGACCCUGAGCAAGUCAAGUACAUUCGUGCUGCACUGACGUCUAUUUUGGGUGCCAAAGUGGAUGGAUGGUCUGAUCUCCAAGACCGGGCUCGGGAACUACCUCCUGCUCUCCCUGAAGAGGAUGAGCCCGAGGCAACUAAAAAGAAAACAAUUCUCACCAUUGACCGUAGUCUGACCGCCGGGUUCCCUCGUUUAUGCUGGUCUGACUUGCCUGCGAUCAAUGACUAUGCUGUAGACUCGGCCGUGACCGAUGAUGAUACUAGCAUGCCUCGCUCAUCUCAAUCAGCAGCUGAGACUUUACAAGAGGCCAAGGAUGAAUUGAUGGCUCGUCUGCAAGAGUCAUCACACCUAGGCGAAGGGGAUGCAGACUACGAUACCGGAGACGUAGGGACCGUGGGUGAUGAUGAGUCGCACAGUCUAGAGGGCCACGCGGAUGGCAGCAUUGAAGGAGAUGAUGAGGAUGAGGGAGAUGACGUCGAUGGUGUCGAUGAUGGCGGCGAGGUAGAUGACGAGGAAGACGACGAUGAUUAUCGCGGUCGCCCUGGCGAUCAACAACGUGGCUUGCUGACCGAUAUUCCACUGGUCUUAGGACCUGCUGAGAUCGAAGCCCUGCCAAUGAUUAUCCAGGCUGGUAUCGUUGACAGCUUCGGCCUCAAAGGUGGAGAGCGGGACGGUUCGCGCAACAUGCAGGCUCUUCGCUGUCACAUCCUCCUCGCACAGGAGACUGGCCGUAAUUUACUCCGCGAGCUCCUCAUAUUCAUCGCUGCCUGGGACCUUCCUGACGACGAACUGUACUUCAAGAUGAUGGUACAGAUCAUGGAAGCUGUUCUGCGAAAUGGGCUAAUGUCACACGCAUACUCCGACUUCGGCCAACCAAAGGAUAUCAUCUCACCAGCUCAAGCUGUAGUGAUCAAGAUUCUUACACACAUCUUCCGUGCCAAGUACUCGCCUGCAUCCGUCACAGGAUCCUCUCAAUCGACUACUGUCCCGCGGACUCCAGCAUCACUGAGCCGUGUGGAUAUUCUCACCGUGCGAUACAUUUUCACCAUUUUCCGUGGCAAUAUUAUUCCCGAAACCUGCGCUUUGAUCUAUCUUCAGGGACAAAUCCGCGCAGACAGAGCCCUCCCCGAAGACUUCCCACUCAAUUUGUGGGAUAUGGAACGGGUUUAUGAGGGUGUUUACCAAUUCCUUGAAUUUUUCGCCGUUCUUACCGAGAACAACGACUGGAAGAACCUGCUGGUCAAAUGGGAGAUCGUCUAUGACCUUGUCACGUUGAUCAAAGAGCUCGAAGCCAGCAUCCCUAAGGGUCAACUGAACUCUAUGCCCUUUGGCUCUGUUCCCCCGCCUCCACCACCACCGCGCAGUGUCUCCUCCAACGACAACUCUCGGCCACCAUCCCCAACGCCUGUUGCUGUUGAACGCCCCUACGACCCAAGUGACCCGGAUCCCGUCGACGGGGGUGCUGAGAGCGUCGGUUCCCGGCCCGAGUCACCCCCGAUCACCGAAGAUCCAUCAGAGUUUGAGUGGCGCAAUCUCAAGAAGUUGGUCGUCCUUGUCCUAUCGUCUCUUGUAUGGAAGUGCCCGGAGGUCCAGGAACAGAUCCGCCGGUACGGUGGAGUUGAGGCCAUUCUUUGCUGCACUGCUUUCGACGCACAUAACCCUUACAUCAAGGAGCAUGCUGUCAUGUGCUUGAAGUUCCUUCUCGAGGGUAAUCGCGAGAAUCAACGACUUGUUGAAGAGUUGGAAGCUCGUGAGGUCAAGGAUGAUGGUGGCGUAUUGGAAAAGAAUGGCUACGAGGCUAUGAUUGACCAGGCAGGCAAGCUAACGCUCCGUCAGAAAGACCAGACACAGUGA